GUAUAAACAGUAAGGAGGAUCCGGCAGGAACGCCGCUGCUGCAGGCCUGAAGCAGCUCAACCUGAGCCACCGUUAUCUUGAGAAAUUGAUUGUGUGCUUUGUGCACAAAGAACAGUGGGUGAUCCCAUAGCUGCUUUUAGCACGUCGAUCUCCAUUUAGGGAGGCAGCCCUGAAGAACUGGCUGCCUCUCUGCGAAUUCGUGAAACGAGCGGCAUCCUCGGCAAACAGCAUCCAGUGUGAGCAGCGUAGGAGGGCGGCAUGGAAAUUGAGGUUCGCGGCCCUGCCGCACCCCAGCACGCCCGGCGGCGCUUCAAGCUGGCCAACGACACCCCCACCGGUUGGCAGCGCAACCUUGUGAUCCCUGUGGCGGCGUUUAUGCUGAUUGCCACCCUGGUGGUGGUGGUGCCCAGCACCGGCUUGGCGCGCUCUCCGUCCCAGCGCCUCACGAACACCGCGUUGCAGUACAUCUCGGCAGCGUCCGCCCUGGCCCGCAGCGGCGCCACAGCGGCUGGCAGUGCCAGCCCCAGCGAUGCCAAGUCAUCUGAGAACGAUGGCGACUGGCCCUGUCGGGAGAGUGGCUACUGCAGUGUGGGCAAGCUGGAGGCUUAUGUGGGCGAGGUAGACAGUUUGGCCGGCUUCAAGGCAGCGUUGGAUGUCUUUACGCGACAGUGGCCCCAUUGUGAACGGUGGGAGCUGCUGCUGCAUUACCUCAAUGGCACGUGGGAUGAGGAAAUUGGUGGCAGGCGCUUCCCUCCUCGUGGGAACUACUCCUUGGCAUUCAUCAAGAUGCUGGAGGAAGAAAGCGGGGUCAAGUUUGCAGAUAUUGAGGGCCCAACGCCCAGCGAUUAUGUUCCCCAGAAUGAGACUUUCAUCUUCACUCCAGGAGACAAGCUUGUACAACUAGUUCGGCUAGCCAACCGUGUGGGCCGCGUGUUGCUGGUGCCGGACCCCGUCUGUGAUUCGCCGUGGCUGCUCACUUACGGUUUUGACGAUGACCAGCACUGCAUUUGGUGGCAUGUGGUGGAUCCUACAUGCAUGCCGGGCAGGUACAUUGUUCACCCUGAUUACAAGGCGUUCUUGCGGCUUCUGCCAGAGGGCACCGAUCAGCCUGCACCAGAUAACACAGUGCACCUGGGCGCCCUUGAGCCAGGGCAGGGGCAGGACACCAAGGAAAAGGCCCAGGCCAGCGCAAGCGAGGUGCACGCGCGGACAGGAAGCCCAGUGAGCACCCCCCAGCCUGGCGCACAGGACACAGUGCAGAGACGCACUGCUGAGCAGCAGCAGGGCGAGGGUCCCAGCUUGGCAGCAGCUGCAAAGGCGGCAGAGCAGAAGGCCGAGCCGCACAUCCUCUUCUUGGACGCCAUUCCGGACCUUACACCCGGCGGCUGGCCCGAGGAGGGCGAGACCGACCAGGCAAGAGCGCCGCAGGGAGCACUUGGCAAACAAUGGGUGAGGGCAUAG